UACAGCCCCGCCUCCGAGCCCUAUCAUGGCGGCGCCCAGGUCUCAAGCCGGUGAGGAGCGCGAUGCUGGGGUUUUUGUCCGCGCGACAAGCGGGUUUAGAGGAUCCUCUUUACCUGCGGAGAGCGGAGUCCACACGCAGAGUUUUGGGACUGGAGUUAAACAAAGACAGAGAUGUUGAAAGGAUCCAUGGCAGUGGAGUUAACACCCUUGACAUUGAACCUGUUGAAGGAAGAUAUAUGUUAUCAGGUGGUUCAGAUGGUGUGAUUGUGCUUUAUGACCUUGAGAACUCCAGCAGACAACCUUAUUACACAUGUAAAGCACUGUGUUCCAUUGGCAGAGACCAUCCUGAUGUUCACAAAUACAGUGUGGAGACUGUACAGUGGUAUCCUCAUGACACUGGCAUGUUCACAUCAAGCUCAUUUGAUAAAACUCUGAAAGUAUGGGAUACAAAUACAUUACAAACUGCAGAUAUAUAUAAUUUUGAGGAAACAAUUUAUAGUCAUCAUAUGUCUCCAAUUGCCACCAAGCAUAGUUUGGUAGCAGUUGGUACUAGAGGACCCAAAGUACAACUUUGUGACUUAAAGUCUGGAGCCUGUUCUCACAUUCUACAGGGUCACAGACAAGAAAUAUUGGCAGUUUCUUGGUCACCACGUUACGAUUAUAUCUUGGCAACUGCAAGUGCUGACAGUAGAGUAAAGUUAUGGGAUGUGAGGAGAGCAUCAGGAUGUUUGAUUACUCUCGAUCAGCAUAAUGGGAAAAAGUCACAAGCUGCGGAAUCAGCAAACACUGCUCAUAACGGGAAAGUUAAUGGCUUAUGCUUUACAAGUGAUGGGCUUCACCUCCUGACUGUUGGUACAGAUAAUCGAAUGCGGCUCUGGAAUAGUUCCAAUGGAGAAAAUACGCUAGUCAACUAUGGAAAAGUUUAUAAUGACAGCAGGAAAGGAUUGAAAUUCACUGUCUCCUGUGGCUGCAGUUCAGAAUUUGUUUUUAUACCAUAUGGUAGCACCAUUGCUGUUUAUACAGUUUACUCGGGAGAACAGAUAACUAUGCUUAAGGGACAUUAUAAAAGUGUUGACUGCUGCGUAUUUCAAUCUAAUUUCCAGGAACUUUAUAGUGGUGGCAGAGACUGCAAUAUUCUUGCCUGGGUGCCAUCCUUGUGUGAACCUGUUCCUGAUGAUGAUGAGACUACAACCAAAUCACAUUUAAAUCCAGCCUUUGAAGAUGCCUGGAGCAGCAGUGAUGAAGAAGGAUGACUGUGGACCUUUAGUACCUGUGUGUCUCUAUGGAUGAAACUUUAAAAAGGAGUGUUUGUAUGGGCUUUGUUUUAAACUGUCCUGUCAAUUCCUGACAACUGAAUCCCUGUGCUAUAAAACAAGGUUAAGUUUCGCAUGAACUCCUAAAGCAGACUUCUAUAUAAUUUAUCAAAACAUGUCUCCUUAACCCAGUUGCAGCCUGGAGCAGCUCCUUUUGCUACAGUAUAAGGACAGAAGCCAUUGUGCCUCAUUUGGGACCAUCAGCAGGUUCUAUGAACGCUAAGAUGCAGCAAGAUCCGCAGCUGAUCAAGAGGAUCAGGAGUCAUCAGCAUUGACUUUCUCCUACUGGGAGGACCAGCUGCCUGCUCAUUUCUACCCGUGAGGGUGAUUUUACUGAAGAUGAUUACAUUAAGAAUAGUAGAUGGAAAGGUGCUAUCAAAUUAUUUUAUUCUUUCUUAUUUGUGUACUCACAUUUUGCAAUGAUUUCACUUAACUGACCUUCAUCUAGCUUUAUGUUAAACAUUUUUUGGACUCAGUGUCUCCUACAGUCCAAAAAGUGCUUCAUGGACGUUUUUAACUUGGCAAAAAUCCCAUGUUUGCUUUAUUUUAAUGUCAGAGGCCAGCUUGCACUCAUGCUUCAGCUCCCUUUCUGUGAAACUCAUUAAGAUAUCACCAAAUCCUGCUUUAUUCAUCCAAGCAGAAAAUGUCCUGGCAGGGAAUCUGGCUUAAACAUGAAAUGUUGUCAGAAAAUUUCUAUUUUAUUGUCGCCUUUUAUGUCAACCCCCAAAUGAUUAUCAUGAAGCUAAUCUUGAUAUUCCCUUUCUUCCUGAUUCUUACCAGCAGGACACUAGUAAAAGAGGUUUUUGUGAGUUUGAAUACCAAGUACAGGGGAUGAGUUUCUCAGUGAAUAACAGACCUCAUAUCAGGUCUUUCUGAACAAAUACUUUUCAUACACUUGCUUUUAUACUUGAUAGUUUUUCAAUAGAUAGAAAAAAAUUAUGUGUUUCUACCAUGUACAAGAUACUGUUUUAAAGCAUAUAUACCUUGGGCAGCACCUGUGGCUCAGUGGGUAGGGUGCUAGGCCCAUAUA